CUCGCCAAAGCGUUCGGUUGCCAGGAUACCAACAAAGUUAUCGGAGAUGGUAGUUGUCCAGCAGCUGACUUCGGCGGCCUGCUAACGUUUCCAAUGAGAGUUCGGGAUGGGCUGCCGCGCCCUCGAGCUCGUCGACGAGCCGCACUGCCUCCAGGUCGCGUGCCCGCAUCCCUGUUGCUGGGAGACGGAGCGGCGCGUCGUCAGCGGCACCCAGCGCUACGUCAAGGCCGGAGCGCGCGCCGGGCCCGGAGAGCGAUCGCGAGAGGAGCGUCCCACCCUCAGCGUUGUAAAUGCCUGCGAGUGGGUGGAACCCAGGCACCCCCCCAGGAGCGGCGUGCUGCGUAAGGGUGCGCUGAGAGGACACAGCCUCCCGGACACCCCCGCACAGGGCCCCAGUGCGGCUGCCGCCGGGUCCCCAAAAAUAACCUCCGGCCCUCAGAGUGCUGUGGCUGUGGACAAGAAGGAUUGCAAGGCUGCAAAGCUCAGCCAGGCCCAGAUCGGCCCCCUCCAUAGCCGCCGCGAACCCAGCUCUGUGAUGAUGUGGGUACCCAACCCCCAGUACAGCCCGCACCCUUCCCCCCAACACAGGCCAAAGACGCCUCACGUAGCUAUUGCACAGCUCUCCUACAGCUUGCUCCCCCAGUUGACUGUGACCCCUGGAAUGGACAAGAAGAAGUCGAAAGCUGGGAGGCAGAAGGUGCGAUUCCAGCUGCACAGCUCGCCAGACGCGUCCUUCCGUGGUUCUGGGGGUGCCGCGUUGGACGGAGCUGGCGUGAACGGGCUAGCCAAGGACUCCGCCUCACCCGGAGAGGUAGGGGGCGCUAGCAAGCCGGUCUGGGAGAACCAGCAGACGGCGGCAACGGCAAAAGCCCGACGCGAGUUCGUGGAGAACAAGACCGCCGUCUUCCACAGCGUGAGGGACUGGAGGCUGAGAGCGUCCCCCCCCCAACACGCCUCAGCACCCCAGAACAAACCAGGCAGCAAGAAGCCCAGGGGCAGCGCUGACCGGCAGAGCAACCCCUGGAACAGGUACAACGCCUCUGGCGGACACCCCAGGGAGAGACCCGCUGUCCCGGCGAGGGUAGCGUUGGGCAACGGGACCCCGAAGGCCUCACAGGGGCCCUCCGGCGAGAGGCGCGAACACCCCCCAGGCCACUCCCCCCAGCGGUCAAUCGCGGCUCGGGCUGAAGCGGUGACAUCGCGCCCCAACGCCGCUUUCGGCCUUUCGUGAGAAAGCCGACGCGCUCGUUUCCGGGCAGCGCGACGACGGCGGCCUCUUAGUGGCGACGCUUAAUUACGAGUGCUGUUUGGUGCCAAGAACAAUGCAGAGGAUCGGUGCGAAAUGUGGCUUCUGCAGCUCGGGCGUCGACUCCGGUCCAAAGCGCCCAGGGAUAAUUUCACGUGUUUACAUUGCCUUUGAUGUGCGUAUUUCAUGGAGUGCGCAGAUUUUCGCCGAGAUUAUUUUCUUCAUUUUUCCAUGCUCGUAAUUUCAGGGUGUGCGUCAGUAUAGAGCUCCUUUUUCCUGUUUCUGACUUUGCCAGUAUAUUGUACAGAUCCAAAUGCACAGUAUUUUUUUAAAAACCAAAGUACAUUUUCAGAGCUUUUUCAUUUUUUUUAACCAACCAAUACAGACCGUUCUAUUAAGGUAAACAUGUCCAUUUAUUUUAUUCUUUGAAACCAAAAGGCACAAUAUUAAAGCUCACAAAGGAAGCCAGCUGAUACUGCACAGAGUUGUGUUGUGACAUUUAUUCAUUUAGCAGAUGCUUUGUUUAAGUGACUUUCAGUAUCAAGCUACUUA